AUGCGGUCGCAUCGAGUGGAGCAAGCUUGUCUUGGCUGGGCGCGAGCGGGCAUUCCGCAUGCCUGUCUCGAGGUGGUCCGGACCUCGGGCGCGACACGAGGCGCGGGGAUUUCGGCCUUUUUCGCCGAUGACUUUCUAGGGUCAUAUUCAACAAUAAGAACAGUCCAGUUGGGAGUGUUUUCACCACAUCUUGAAUUUAGCGGAGAAUACACUUUGGAAAUUCUCGAGGCGUGUGGGAAAGGAAUAAAUUAUGUCGCUUCCAGUGCGCAGAUUCAUCGUGCGUCUACAUGGUUCAAAUUCCUGCUUACCAAAUGCGAAGAAGCUGACCCGUUUGAAAAGACUCAAUCAUGGAUCAAACGGCCUCAGUUACAACAUAUUCUGGCUGGGAACCAUCCGAGGCUCUCACGGCUGCUUCAUGCCCGUGCAAAAGAGUAUCUGCAAGCAUACGAUCCCGACCUGACUGAUUCUCAACGAACUGUCCGCGAAGCCAUCACCAAAAUAUGCGCCGACUAUCCUGAUGAGUAUUGGCUAAAGCAAGAAGAAAAGAAGGAGUUUCCGUUUAAACUUCAUAGAAAGCUCGCCGAUGAUGGCAUCUCUGAAGCUGCGAUCAUGAUGCAGACUUUGUCGGAGUCGGGAGGAGGAAUGACUGCGGCUUCUUCAGUGCACAUGAAUAUCUUUGGCCUAGAACCAGUUGUCAAGUUUGGUACUGAUGAACAGAAGCGUCGAUGGCUGGAGCCGCUGGUUCAAGGUCGCGAGAGAGCCUGUUUCGGCGUCACGGAGCCUAAUACUGGACUGGAUACAUUGAAGCUGCAGUCAACGGCUCGGAGGGAUGGCGAUCAUUAUAUCCUGUCGGGUCAGAAGAUAUGGAUUUCCACGGCACAGAAUGCGCACAAAAUUUUGAUUUUAGUGCGCACGACUCCUCUUGACCAAGUCAGUAAACCAUCGCAGGGUCUCUCGCUGUUUUACACCGAUCUUGAUCCAUCGGCUGUGGAUAUCACCGAGAUUCCCAAGAUGGGGCGCGCAGCUGUCGACACAAACUCACUAUUUUUCGAUAAUUGGCGCGUUCCAGCGACUGACAUGGUCGGUCAAGAGAACGAGGGAUUCAAAAUGAUCUUACAUGGGAUGAACGCCGAGCGCAUUCUGAUCGCGGCUGAAGCUCUUGGCCUUGGAUAUGCCGCUAUUCGACGAGCAGCCACUUAUGCGGGCGAGAGACACGUGUUUGGACGUGCUAUUGGAAAAAAUCAGGCGAUCCAACAUCCCCUGGCUGACAGCUGGAUGAAACUUGAAGCGGCCAGGUUGAUGAUCUACCAUGCCGCGCGGCUCUAUGAUGUGGGGUAUGCCUCCGGGGAAUAUGCGAACACUGCCAAGUAUCUGGCUGCUGAAGCAGCGUUUCAGGCCUGUGAGCGUGCGGUCAUGGUACAUGGAGGGAUGGGAUAUGCAAAGGAAUAUCACGUGGAAAGAUAUUUGCGUGAAGUGUUGAUUCCUCGAAUUGCGCCCGUGAGUCGGGAGAUGAUAUGUAAUUAUAUUGGGGAGAGAGUUCUGGGACUACCAAAGUCUUACUAA